CUCUGCAGACAUUUCCACAAAAUAUUGGAUAUUUUGUCUGGACCCAAAUUCUACAACAAAUACGUGCGCAUUCCUGGUCCUCAUGAUCCUAUACCAGAUGCAAUAUUCAAUAAUCCAAAAUAUCAUCCAUUCUUCAAGGAUGUGCUCGGUGCAAUCGAUGGUACGCAUAUCAAUUGCACACCGACUGCUGAGAAUAUACAUUCAGCCCGUAAUCGGAUGUUACCCAAAACUGUCUAG